AUGCUCUGUUGCAUUGUGUUUAUAGGGAGCACGAGCGUGGGGUUUUAUCGGUGGCCUAUGUUAGCUCGUCAAAGGGUGACUCUUCCGCAAAUAUCUGUGCAACCACGACUGAAGUUUGAUUUUAUUUCCUCUGGGAAGUUUCAUAGCGGUGGCAUUGGCUACAGAGGACGCAAGAUCAAGUUGAAGACGAUCAUAAGUGUUUGUGCCACUAAUGCAUUUGUUGUUGCUGAUGAUAAAACGUAUAGGAACAAGCAGAUUAUCAGUAUUACUCCGCAGCUUUAUGAUUACAUCCUUGAGAGUGUACGAGAGCCAGAGGUAACUCAACUCGAACUGUUAAUUUUUGUUUUGGUGUUCGACACCAAUACGUUCAUUGGGACCUCAUAUUUUUCAGUGUCUCCUGACCAGGCACAACUGCUUGCAAUGCUUGUGAAGAUUCAUGGGGCAGAAAAGUGUGUUGAAGUUGGUGUAUAUACAAUAUCCUUUUCUCAUCUUUCAAAUCUUCAAUUGUUGGCUUGCUUACUUGUGUAUAAGGUGAAGAAUGUGAGAAGAUUGUUCCAUUAUAAGCCAAUUGUUACAGAAAAUAUGCAAAUCAAGAAAUAA